UUCUUUUUCAGACACCGUAAUACGACGCACAAACGCUGGCUGGGGCGAAGCAAACAAACAUGUCGGAAUUCUUAGACGACCCGUCUGUUCUCACUAAAGAAAAACUAAAGAGUGCACUUCUGGCCAAUAAUGUCUCUCUUCCUAAUGGCGAACAGAAAAAGGACGUUUAUGUUCAACUGUAUCUGAAAAAUCUGACGGCGCAAAACAAGAAAAAAAGCGCCCCUCCAGAAGCUUUCUCCAGCGACGAGGAAUUGCCAGCCCCCGUGGUCUCUAACAGAAGCCGAUCAGGCAGGAAAGCCACGAGAAAAACGGACAAGCCUCGGCCAGACGAGGUGGACGUGCUGGAGCUGAGUGAUGAAGACCUGAGGGAGCAGCUGCAAAAGUACGGCAUCAGCGUCGGCCCAAUCGUGGCCUCCACCCGUAAGCUGUAUGAGAAGAAACUGCAGAAGCUGCUUGACGAGGGGCCUCCUGAGGCCGUAGCGCCCCCUGUGGCCAUCACAGAGACAGACGGAAACCACAACGGAAGCACAGAGUUCGACCAUUACAGUGACAAAGAGGAAGAGACGGCAGCACCGGAACCAGAACCCGAGCCGGAACCUGCCCCGGUGGUGGUGGAGAGGCCAUUGAGGAGCAGAGGCAAGACCCCAGUCACAACUCGCGCCAGGAGCAGCCAGCACAACAGACGUGUAGCGCCGGUAGAGGAAAAAACACAGUUGUUGGAUGAGGAAGAGGAUGAGGAAGAGCCGAGGCUGAACAUUAAGAGGAGUUUCCGGCGUGCUUCCCCUCUGCUUGAACUGGCCAUGAUUGCCAGCGACGACAUCGACUUCCCUGACUUCCCGCUAUCUCCGGUAAAACCCCACGUUGGGGAAUGGAGAACAGAACUAAGUGAAGUCCUAUUGAUGGACAAAACUUUCAAAAGUCCACCGGUUGAGUCCUACACCAUGGGUUCUACUAUGCCCUACAGGCCAGCUCAGCGUGGAGGAACCUUCACUGGCUCCACUGACUCUCUGACCAAGGUUCCUGUUGUCUACCUUCAUGAUAUUUCUCACACUAAGGCCAAACUUCCGGAUCCCAGACCGCUGGUGGUAAUCAAACCAUCUGAGCCCUCAGUCUUUGCUGAUGCCAUUGAAGGCUCUCAGCACUACACUGCAGGUCACCUCAUCUCCUCCAUUACCAGUGUAGGGUCAUGUCACGAGGACUCCUCUGCUCCCCUGUCCACUAGACAGGGCUCAGCGUCCGGUCAGCCAAGACAUCGCAAGACGCAAGUGUCCCAGACAAUCGAACAGGUAAGCAAGGAGUCUACUACAGAGGUCCAUAAAGUGGAUGGCCGACAGAAGAAAAUCACCCCCUUCCUCUUCCCCAUGACCCCAUUGAGGGGCCAGAGUGAUAGUCCCUCAAAGACAGGGAUAGAGAAGGUGUCCACAGUGGAAACCCCUAAAGCAGAUGCCAGGGACAUGCUGAAGGAGAUGUUCCCCAAUGAUGUCAACACCCCAACUGGCAUUAGCGCCACUUGCAGACGACCAAUCCGUGGGGCCGCUGCACGGGCAGGAAUAUCGACCGACUCCUGGCUGGAUGACUCACGUCUUCGGCUGACGGAAACCAACUACUCCUCCUCCUCCUCUUCGUACGUGGAGUCCCGGCCGUCCACACGCCUCCUCUCGUCUCCACUGCCUGCGUCCACCUAUUCCUCGGCCAGUACCCUGCGGCAGGCGCCCGCCUCCGUCCUCACCGCCAGGGCGCCCAUCAGUGGUGUGCCAGCGCGUCGUCGCCGCUGGCUGCCGGUCUGGGCGCAGGUUCUGGUGUUUGGCGUGCUGGCUGGCUUCCUCUUCCUCGUCUACCAGGCCAUGGAGACCAACGAGAGCAACCCGUUUGGCUUCCUCGCGCAGCAGGCCGAAGAAGCACCUGCAGGGCAGACCAGCAAGUGAAGCCGUCGUCACGUGCGCGCGCGCGCACACACACAAACGAACACACACACAAACGAACACACACACACUCAGCCCGCCACAACCGCCUCCAAAAUCCACCUGAUGCACCCCAAACACAACUCCAUUCCCACCCCAUCCCAAUCCCCCAUUCGCC